UGUAUGCCCCAUGCCGAAAUGCUCAGGAAAAAUACCAACAGACUGUAGAAAGGCAGAAUAUGUGAUUGGGGCCGAUUUAAAAACAAGAUGUCGCAUGUGUGACAGUAGUAUUUGUGGGAAGAAAAUAUCUGUAUGCCCUGCAUUAGAUUGCCCUAAUGACCGGAAAAUAAAAGAUGAAUGUCGCAGACCAAACUUUGUGAUUGGAACUGACGGAAUAACGAAAUGCCGUGCAUGUGAUAGCAGUCUCUGUGGAAAGAAAUACAAGGUUUGUCCAGUACCUAAGUGCCCGAAUAUGUCAUCAGUGCCUCGAAAAUGUCGCGCUAAAAGGUAUACAAUCGGUCGAGACGGAAUAACUAAGUGUAGACUUUGUGAUAGAGAUAUUUGUAAACCUCGAGAUGCUGAAUCUUUGUGA